AUGUUAAGAUAUAGAUCCUUCUCAACCACAACACGUUUACUUCGUGGUCAAAACCUUACUGAAAAAAUUGUUCAAAAAUAUGCCGUUGGUACUAAUAAAAAAGUAUUCAGUGGAGAUUAUGUUACCAUCAAACCAGCACAUUGUAUGUCCCAUGACAAUUCUUGGCCCGUAGCGACUAAAUUCAUGGGAUUGGGAGCUACUAAAGUUAAAGAUAAUCGACAAAUUGUCAAUACUUUAGAUCAUGAUGUGCAAAAUAAAUCUGAAAAGAAUUUAGAAAAAUAUAAAAAUAUUGAAAAUUUCGCUAAAAAACAAGGUAUUGACUUUUACCCUGCUGGUAGAGGUAUUGGUCAUCAAAUUAUGAUUGAAGAAGGUUAUGCCUUCCCAUUGAACUUAACUGUUGCUUCAGAUUCACAUUCUAAUACAUAUGGUGGUAUCGGUAGUUUGGGUACUCCAAUUGUUAGAACUGAUGCUGCAUCUAUUUGGGCCACUGGCCAAACUUGGUGGCAGAUUCCACCAGUUGCUAAAGUUGAAUUUGUUGGUGAAUUACCUAAAGGUGUUACUGGUAAAGAUAUUAUUGUUAGUUUAUGUGGGAUUUUCAAUAAUGAUGAAGUUUUGAAUCAUGCUAUUGAAUUUGUCGGCGAUGAAGCCAUUUCUAAAUUAUCUAUUGAUUACCGUUUAACCAUUGCUAAUAUGACUACUGAAUGGGGUGCCUUGUCUGGUCUUUUCCCAAUUGAUGAUACUUUGAUUAAUUUCUAUAAACAAAGAAUGAAUAAAAUCAACAAUCCAAACCAUCCAAGAAUCAACCAACAAACCAUUGACAAUUUAAUCAACAACAAGGUCAGUAGUGAUGAAGAUGCUGUUUAUGCAAAACAUUUACAAAUCGAUUUAUCUUCAUUAUCACCAUAUGUUUCUGGACCAAACUCUGUCAAGGUCUCCAACUCUCUUUCUGAUUUAUCCAAACAAAACAUUGCCAUUAACAAAGCUUACUUGGUCUCUUGUACAAACUCCAGAUUAUCUGAUAUUCAAGCUGCUGCUGAUAUUAUUAAAGGUCACAAAGUUCAUCCAAAUGUUGAAUUUUACGUUGCUGCUGCCUCUUCAUUGGUCCAAAAAGAUGCUGAACAAAUCGGUGCUUGGCAAACCAUCAUUGAUGCUGGUGCGAUUCCAUUACCAGCUGGUUGUGGUCCAUGUAUUGGUUUAGGUAAUGGGUUAUUGAAAGAUGGAGAAGUUGGUAUUUCUGCCACCAACAGAAAUUUCAAAGGUAGAAUGGGAUCUAAAGAUGCUUUAGCGUACUUGGCAUCACCAGAAGUUGUUGCUGCUUCUGCUGUAUUGGGUAAAAUUGGUGGUGUUGAAGAACUAGCUGGCAAACCAGUUGCUGACUCACCAGAAAUCAUCAAAUCUAUUGAAAUUACUCAACCCAAAGAAUCUGCUGCCGAAGAAGAUGCUUCUGGAUCUGUAGAGAUCUUGCCUGGAUUCCCACAAUCUAUUGAAGGUGAAUUAAUCUUGUGUGAUGCCGAUAAUAUCAACACUGAUGGUAUCUAUCCAGGUAAAUACACUUAUCAAGAUGAUAUUCCAAAAUCUAAAAUGGCUGAAGUUUGUAUGGAAAAUUAUGAUCCAGAAUUUAAAACUAAAACUAAAGAAGGUGAUAUUAUUAUUUCCGGUUUCAAUUUUGGUACUGGUUCUUCUAGAGAACAAGCUGCUACUUGUAUCUUGGCACGUGGAAUGAAAUUAGUUGUUGCUGGUUCAUUUGGUAAUAUUUUCGGUAGAAAUGCUAUUAAUAAUGCAUUGUUAACAUUAGAAAUCCCAGAUUUGAUUAAUAAAUUAAGAGAAAAAUAUGCUGAUAGUCAAGAAUUAACUUUAAGAACCGGAUGGUUUUUGAAAUGGGAUGUCACUAAAGCUCAAGUUACUGUUACUGAUUCCAAUGGUGAUGUUGUAUUGCAACAAAAAGUUGGUGAAUUGGGUACUAAUUUACAAGACAUUAUUGUUAAAGGAGGUUUAGAAAGCUGGGUUAAGAGUGAAUUGAAGAAAGAGCAACAGUAG